GGUCAUUAAUGGCUCCAGCUUGUUCUUCAAUCAAACUCGCGACUAAACGACGUGCUUGAGUGGGAGGCGCUCGGACGUGACGUUACUGAGCUAAAGUCACGUGUAAUAAUCACGUCGUGGAUUAAACACGCGCUGUUGUCGGGUAAUAAUGAGCUGCGUGUCGCUGAAGAGGUGCUACAAGGAGCUGCCGGUGUGGAUAGUGGAGGACCACCACGAUGUAAGCCUGGCCUCAUUACAUACGCGGUGUCUCUUGAGACUGUCAGCAGAAUGUCUUCCUGUGUGUUGCAUACCCAGCUAGCUAUUCCGUAGUUGAUGAACGUCCCCUGAUUUAUUACCGACUGUGUAACAGCUACUGUGUACCGACAUACUUCCACAUUACUGCUCAUUAUUAUGAAGGUAUUUUUUAUAUCGACAGUUAACCUGGAAUUCAUUUGUAAUGUCAUAGCUGCACUUUAAUGCAGCCUCCUAGAGAAUGUAUGAGACUGACUUCAGAAUGAGUUCAGUACGAUCUAAAGACUUUAGAGAUGAAAACUCUUCUCAAGUUUGAGCUUUGAUAGAACGGCCUUUCCCUGGCAUGGUGGCCAAUUCACAUGAUCUGUCAUUAACCAAUGAGCUGUGGUAAGUUGACUGUACAGGUCAAACCUGCCCCAUGCUUUACAUGUUUGAUCAGAGUCAUGUUCUGAGACGUGUUGACGCAUAGUCACAGUGCCACCUACUGGCACCAGGCACCAGCGUGAUGUGACAAACAUCAUCUGAUGUACAAUGUGGGGUCCAACACUACAGUGGUGGGAAGACUUUACAUGUCCAGUCCAUUGACCGUGUACACCUCCACAGCAACACAAUGCAUGUUCCACUCCUGUUCUCUAGAGCCACAAAGUGCACACAGGAAGUGGUGGAAAAAUGUGCAAUAUGUCAUUUCCAGAAACUCGUGCGUGAGUAUGUGAUGGUCACGGAAACACCUGGCCAUGCCAACCAGCGCUCCGCCAGUACAAGCAACCAUCGCUGCUUGCAGCUUUAAUGAAGGUGGUGGGUCAUAUUUAUCGUGCCAUUGCGUCGAGACAUCUCCCACUGAAGAACAUCAAGAUGAUUCACUUAGACUCCCAUCCUGAUCUGCUCAUCCCUGUCAACAUGUCUGCUGACACGGUGUUUGAUAAGGAGAAACUCUUCAGUGAGUUGAGUAUAGAAAACUGGAUAAUGCCCAUGGUCUAUGCCGGCCAUGUGUCAUGUGUGGUGUGGCUGCAUCCAUACUGGGCCCAGCAGAUCAGAGAGGGCGAGCACAGGAUGGCUGUAGGAAGGGACUCAUCCACCACCACCAUCAGUCUGUGCAGGGUGACAAGUACAGACAACUACUUCCUCAGUGACGGUCUGUAUCUUUCGGAGAAGCAGUUGGAGAACUCUAAACCUCUACGGCUGAAUGUGGUCAAAGUCAAUCCUGUUCAACCAAGUCACUGGUCACUUACAGGGAAGCAAACUGAAGAGGACACAGAGGGAUGGUUUGCCAAGAGACCCCGUACAGAAUGCAUUAAAGCUGGGGAGGCCAGCUGCUCUGAGCCCCUCUCUAGAUGUACUGACUUACAGCAAGCAGCAGAGAGCAGCAACAUGUCGAGCUUGGGUGAUGAUGAUGACAAUGAAGGGUCCACCAGUUAUGUUGUUAAAAGAAUUUCUGCAGUUCUUAGUGAGACAGAACCAUACAUCUUGGACAUUGAUUUGGAUUUCUUCUCAUGUAAGAAUCCCUUCAAGGAAUUAUACACACAGGAAGAGUACGACAUCCUAAAGGAGCUCUACAACUUCAGAGGACCCAGCCCUGAUGCUGAUGAGGAGGCGCUGGAUGAGUGUGUGGAUCGUCGUGUACAUCAGUUAGAAGACCUGGAAACAGCAUUUGCUGAUCUGCUCGAGGAUGAUGGGGACGAGACGGUGACACGCUGGGCCAGCAACCCUGGCAUGGCUCCAUUAGCCCAACUGGUUUCCAGUUUGAAGUCGAGAAAUCUGUGCCCCGAUUAUGAAAUGGUCCAUCAGGCGGGGCUAACCUGUGACACUGUUGAGCUGCCUCACCACAUCAGCACCGAUGAGGAGAUCAACAGACUAAUCUCAGCUGUACAGCUGUUUCUGAAGGCUGUGCCCAAACCUACACUUGUUACUAUGUCCAGGUCCAGUCUGGAUGAAUACUGUCCGGUAGAGCAGGUGGAUUGUGUCCAGAGCAGAGUACUGGCUGUGUUGGAGAGCCUGUAUGGACCACUGGACGUACACAAAGACUAUGAAAACAGCAGCAUUGAGACUCAGGACUGCCAACCAAAGGCCUCUUAACAAACAUACACACACGUGUCACUUCUGGAUGUAGUGGAUGUACCGUUUGAUACAAACAACCACAUAAAAAAAUGACACGUCAGAGGCUGUUGCAAUGAAUCUUUAAGUCAAUUUAUAUUUUAUCGCCAAAAGCUGAAACCUGUUUUGGGGCUGUUGGUCAUGACUAAUUAAAGUACAGUCAACGGAUCCCAUGAAUAUUGAAGUUUAAAGGUAUAUUCUCUGUAGUUAUUGAAGUCAAAGUUUCCACUUCACUUCUCCUAAAAGAAAACAAAUGUGUACAAUUCCAGAGAGUCGAGGCAGCCGAUGGAGGAUGUGAGAUACAGCAGGUUGUAGAGUUAAUAGGAUCAAAGGGGGCCAGGUUAACUACAUGAGUUUGACCUGGAUGCAGUAUAAGAGAGUCAGAGUGGAGCUCGGGACAGUGAUGCUGGAGAGCAGCAGCUGCAUGUAACGGGAUAUACCACAGUAGUGUGUGUGCGUUUCAUACUGCUUUCUCAUCCAACUAUGGGUUUAUGAAGAUGUUUUCCAAAACAGACAUGCUUAAUGCUGCUCACAUUAUUAGAACAAUGGAUUAAAUGACUAUAAGUGGCCGCUGGUAGCGAUGAAGAAUUCUACUAUAUAAUCAGCUUCUUUUAGCUUGCGUCAGGCAGGUGUCAUCAGCUACAACUGUAUCUUACCUUCUAACCAGGCAGCAGACAAAAACAUCAGUUAGAGCAGCUUCAAACUUGCCCAUAUUUGACUAAAACUAGUGCCAAUUUAAGUCAACAGAAAAACACAAGCUAACUGUUAAAGCUGCUCUUUAUGACAUACAGAGCGUUGAUAUGGAAGCAAACAACUAUAUAUGUAAAGACAUGGUGUAGUAAUGUCUGCCUGAGUAGAGGAUGGAGUCGCUCUCCCUCUGUGUGUGUUGUGAUCCCAGCUUAUUGGUGGUUCGAUACCGGUUCCACAUGAUAAAGAGUCCUUAAAUCUCAAGGUUGGGGGUUCGAUACCCGGCUCCACAUGUCAAAGUGUCCUCCUAAAAUAGGUUAAAUACAGAGGUCAAAUUUCAAGUACACAUAUGAUGAUUAUGAUAGUUUUUUUCUUCAACCUCAAACUGGUGUGCAGCAACUCAUUUCACAGGCCCUUAUGUGUAAACUGAGCAUUGUGUCAAAUUGGUGAUGUACACCUUUGCUGUUUAUAGUUUUAGAACUAAGUAUGUAAAAAGUAACUAUGACUGUUUGUUUGAAUCUAUUCUACUCAAAGUGAAGCCAAUAAAUGACCAUAGCCAAUAUUUGAAUGUGAUCUCACAACAUGGCCAGAGAAAAGGUACAUGCUGUUGAGCUGUAUUCCUCCAGUUCGUCAUGGUGUUAUCAGCCUGAAGAUCGUCUGACACCAACAACCCUGCCAUGUUCAAAGUCACUUAAUAAAUCCCCUUUCUGAUGCUCACUCUAAACUUCAGCAAGUCCUCUUCACCACGUCUAGAGGCCUAAAUGCAUUGAGGUGCUGCCAUGUGGUUGGCUGAUUAGCUAUUUGUGUUGACAAGCAAUUGAACAGGUGUGUCUAAUAAAGUGGCCGGUGAGUGUAUGUUCUUAACCAACGUGGAUAUUUGAAUGAAAUGCGACUUGCAUCAAAAUCCUCAAUAUGAAGAAAGGCCCUUUUAAGCCCUAUGUGCAGUUAGUAGUGUUACCGUAUCAGAAAUGGACAGUCAAAAGUCUGAUUCCCAGUGAACUCCUCACUUCGUUUGUCUGUUACAAACGUUUGCUCCCAGGCUUCGGGCGUUCACACAGAGCUCGACACGUGAACGCAUCAGCGUGUCUUCCUCCGCCCCGACGGUCAGAGACAGCUACCCAGCAGACCCACGAACUACACAGACGAGCUGUACCAACAUGAAGGACAACAGCCUGCCACGUAUCGUGGUUCUUAUCUUGUGUGCGGUGGUUUUUGUUGCCGUUUUAAUUGUUAACGCGUUGGCUGGAGCGGGCAGAGGUGAGUUCAAUAACGUUAUUCAGACACCGGAGUGUUUUCUACGGCUCAGGUUAGGGUCCUGAAAUACUCCCGACACGGGCUCGUUCAACGUAAUGUUAAACUGUGUGUAACACGUUUUAUUUGUUCUAACUUAUGGCAUAUUCUCCUCGCCUUAUUCAACUGUGUUUCACUGGUUACGAAAGUGUUCGUGGGAGGGAGACUCCCGGGACGGCUGGCAACUCGUUAUGUUAGUUACACAAAACUAUGACAAAUAUUUUCCAUGACAGUGCUUGUGUUACGUAAAGAUGAACGUAGCAUGUUCAACUAGUUGCUGCGUGGCCACUUCAAUAGCUAUUUAUAAAAACACGACAGAACAAAACAACUGUUUUUGAAGAGUUUGCGUUUUGUUUCAACUGCUCUCUAUACCGCGGUAACGGUCCGUUCACCCAAUAACUGAACGAGAAGGCUCUCUCACGUGCAUCUCAAUGCUAGUGCGCGGAGCUGUGCGCCUAAAUUGAAUCGACAUCUCUGGGUAGGGAGUGGCACAGGGGUGUAUUAAUAGAACUGGGUACAGCGGUGGAGGAGGUGCCCUAUUCAUUUCUAUGAAGGUUGCUCAAUGACGCACAAUGCAGAAAAAAAAAAGUUUAUUUCCGGGGAUAAAAUCGGGGGGGGGGGGGGGGCAUGCUCUUCAUCACCGCCCCAUGCCCUCGGUCCAGCCUCCUUCUCGAGGUCAUUCACAUGAACGGAGGAAGGACUAUUGGUACAUUUUACAACUUUUACUGAAUACACUUAUUGUAAGUCGCUUUGGAUAAAAGCGUCUGCUAAAUGACUAAUGUAAUGUUACUACCAAUGAAUUAAAUAAGGGCUAUUCAAGUGUUGCACUGGGAAGUUGACAAACCUUAAAACAACCCGCAUCUGCUGAUCUAACUCCCAUAGACAAUGUAAGUCUAUGGGAAAGUGUAUGGUAAAAAUACUUUUGGGGCCACAUGACUAAACGGACAUUGUAAUUCUAAGGCAUGACUACUAUGGCCAAAUCCCAAUGUCCCCCCUUAUGGACUCACGGACUUUGAGGCGCACUCCCGCGAAGUCCGUGAGGGUUUAG